AUGCAUGAGGUACAAAUCCAAGACCAUCAGGAAGAUAAAAGCGAACGACGAAACACAACGCGUCAUUGUUGUUAUCGUUGGUGCAAGGUCGAAACUCAAGGCAUUGAUCCUGUUCCUCCUAAUCAACGACCACACACUCGUAUAUGGGAUAACUUUACGAUUUGGUUCUCUGUCAGCAGCACUUUGGCCUACCUAAUGAUUGGGAUGCUGGGCUGGCAACUCUAUGAGCUAGCGUUUUGGCAGGCCUUUCUUUGCAUUGUCCUUGGAAACAUGAUUGCUUCAAUACCAGGCUCCAUUUACAGCACACUAGGUUUUCGAACCGGGUUGCGACAAAUGGUUCUUGUGAGAUAUAGCUUUGGCUAUUAUGGUGGUAAACUUAUCUCAGCUCUUAAUUGGAUCAACUCUGUCGGUUGGAUGAUCAUCAACAUUAUUCAAUCAGCACAAUUCUUUGUUGCCAUGGGAACACCUGGACAACCAUCAAGUUUGCCAUUGUGGGCGGGCGUUGUGAUUUUGGCAGUAGCAACGUGGAUCAUUUGCUUGAUUGGAUACAAGCUUAUUCAUAAUCUGCAACGGUGGCUAUGGAUACCAAUGUGGACUGCAUUCGGCUUAUUGUUUGGGCUGGGUUUGGCAAGAUACGAUCCUAAUAGGUCUGUUCUUUCGUAUCCUGAAGCCGAACCCAAAGCCGUAAUGUCAUUUUUUGGACUCAUCUACUCAAGCACAGCACUAUGGCCAUUUGCAGCAGCUGAUUUUACAGUAAGGCAGCCCACCACAUUCAAUCCAUAUACAGUUGGCAUGCUUAGCUAUCUAGGAGGUGUCCUACCAACCAUCUUGCUAGAGUCAUUAGCAUUUGUCCUUGCUGCCGUUUGGGUACCCGAGCAUCUUGAGAAAUCAGGUGACUCUGGCGCAUUAGCAGCUGACGUGUUUGCCCCUAUUGGUUGGUUUGGCCAAUUUUUACUUGUGGUGUUUGCAUUCAAUGCGGUGGGUCACGUGGUACCAAGUGCAUACAACAUGGCACUUACGGUACAAACAAUUGUGCCAUGGCGACGAAUUUGGGCGUUGGCAACCAUCAACAUGAUCAUCGUUGCUAUCUUGGGUGCGUUUGGUGCCGAGGAUCUUGUGCGUAUACUCCAAAUCUUUUUGCCUCCCAUCACAUAUUGUAUCGCUGGUUACAAUGCAAUCCUCUUAUCCGAGCACUUUGUAUUUCGAUCAAGGAGGAAAUACAACAUUGAAUCAUGGAACGAUCCACGACAACUGCCUGUAGGUGCAGCUGCUAUACUGACAUUGGUGAUUGCCUUUGGGGCUGGCAUGUUAGCCACAAGUCAACCAUGGUUUAUUGGUCCAAUAGCGAAGCGUGUUGGUGAUUUUGGGGUUAUUCUUUCAUUGGCAUUUGGCUUUUGCUUUUACAAUCCCUUGCGUUAUUGGGAGAAAAAGAUAUUUCAUCGAUAA